AUGGCGCCAGUGCAAGGCCAGGGGAAGUAUUAUGGCGGUGACAAAUAUGAUGAGAACGAUGAAGGUAAGCUUGUUUGUUACCUCUCACUCAAUAUUUUGCUCUGAUGAUAAGGGACCAUGCUCACUAGCUCUGCUCGUUGCCAAAGCGACAAGAACUUAAUUGUCCUUCAGUUUAACUACGAUAGGUGUGCAAGCAUCCACGAAACAAGUUGUUUACCCGUGUGUCCCCACUCGAUAACCUUAUUCGCCAGUAGUAAUAAAACACUUACUAAGAAACUUAAACGGAAUGUUUGAUCACACGCAUGCAAGUAUGUGUAGCUACGCCUCCAGGGAUGGCCUUCCUCAAAAUCCUUGUAAUGCAGGAUUUCCCUGUUAGGCUGCGAGAAGUCGACAAAAGGGCACAGUUAGGCUAGAUUUUCCCAUGAAAUGGGUCCGAUCGCGACAUAAGUUUGCGCUGAGUACUGUGCUUGUAGGGUUGCAUAAUAAUUGUACGCCAGACGUAUCAUUUUGAACCUCAUGUUUCGGCUCCCCUGCACGACACAUGCAAGUUUCUUAGCACAAAAUGUGCGCCAGAUGUAGGAGUUGACUUACCUGUUAACGUAGAUGUCAGGAUGUCGUCUUCUGGCUGUAUGGACUUCCACCUUUCAUUCAUUCUGUGAAAACAUUCCCUCCGAAUUUCCAUUUGUCUUGAAAACAUGCGCAAAACCCACUGUGUGGGUGACAGUUUAGAUCUGGUUGGUCGAAUAAACAGCCCUGCUCAACCUGGCAUGUAGCCAGUUUUACACCUUAUUACCAUCCGUUCAAAUGUUUGGAGCAGUCGAUCCACCCCAUUUAGUUCAUUCUCUUUAAACGACAUAAAGUUGUGCGCACUAACAGUUAGGUGCAGUUCAUAAAAAAGCGUAGUAAAUCUCAUUCAAAUACUUUUUGCCUCGCCACCACUGCAUUCAUAGGAAAUAGAACAGCUAGCCUUGCCGAGGGAUUCACACUACACUGUGUUUUACACGAUCCAUCAUGCUCUCCACACUCGAGCUGUUCUAUUUGAGUAAAAACCUCACCUUAACCCUCAACAGUAACUAAUCGUAGCUUAUUUGCGAGGAUAGUUUUUAUGCUUUUCGACUACAUAGUGCUAUUGAGUUCCUGUCACGCGCGCCGCUCUGUCUCACGCACCUAAGGGCUUCUCAAUCAUUCCGUUGCAACGCCCGUCUUCCUUAAAUUGCCAAUGGUGCUUGUGACUCUGUUUUCCUUUUUAUCCCACAGAAUCAAUCCAACUCCUGCUGAAGGAUUGCCACCAAAGACAGUCGAAACUUUUCACCAUAUCCCCUCUGUCAAAUAGUCACGCUGCCUUUGUCCUGAGCCCUCUUACGAAGGGGGAGCUACUCUAUAGCUCCGGACAAAGCCGCCUCCACCUGUAUCUCCGCGAAACCGAACUCCUUUCAGAGUCUUCUGUAGACCAAAGGCUAACCUCUCCCGCCGACACAACCCUCGACUUCCUCACAUUCAAGAUGAAAGUUCCGGACUCCGCCAAGGUGCCACAAUUCCCGCGCUCCCUGGAACGGGAGGUCUCAGCCUUUCGCAGUCAUGGUCUUCCUCUUCUGGUGUGGCCCCGUACUCGUGACAAGGCGACUCUUCAAAAAGUGGGCAAAGUGCAAACUUUAACCGCCUCCUCUUCCCGCCCAACAUAACUACCUUCGCCGUCUUUCAUGACCAGUACUCUUUCUACCUUUCAGUACCUGGAUGACAAUUAUCCAGACUGCGCCAGAUGGUUCAGCGAAUUAGACAGAACAUCGGCCUGGCUUGAGGAGAAGUGGCUGCCGCUGUCUGCCUACCUGGGUCUAGAGCUGCCGCCAGAAUAUCCACCAUCUCCUAAAACAAGAUGUCUUCGUGGUCUCUCAGAGGAUUGCGUGGCAUUCAAGCUGAUCAGAACGCGAACCACGUGGUGCAUCAGGCAGGCAAUUGUGUUCCUAAUAAGUUGACUUUAUACACCGUAAUACGCCGCUUUUAACUUAGAACCUUUUUGAUAGAGAAAUUACCACCCGAUUAUUUCUUGAAGUCUUCCUUAAGCCUGGUAUUUUGACUUAGAGCCCAGUCCAAUAACCUAUAUCUAUGUGCCGCCACACAGCAUGUGUGGUGCAUUUCUGAUGGGAGGCGCGGACUGUGCGCAACCCAUUUAACGCGUGCCAUGCCCUAGUGUAGCUCGCCUGUUGGUCUGGCGCAUCUCCUGUGUGAUUACUCAGUCCUGUGGGAAAAAGGCAUCGGGGAAAAAUUAGAUCAGGGUAAGUUUUCCUCCGGAGCGACCCGUAAAAAGCGAAACAGCGCAACUGUGGCGCCGCGCUCACCGUCAGAAAUGACCUUGGCAAGAAAUUGCCCUCCUGAAUGAAAUUAACAAUCAACUCACGACAACGAGCCACUUUGGUCAGCCUCUGAGUUCCAACAGCAUUAAGCCGUGGUGUACUGAACCGCUCGGUAUUCGGUCUGGCGUUCGGCAGGGUUGUAUCCUGUCACCCAUUCUGCUGAACUGUGCUAUUGACUGGAUCCCCGGGAGGGCCCUACGCGAGGGUGAGGGCGUUGAGUUUGCACUCGGACUCCGACUGACUGAUCUCGACUAUGCUGAUGAUAUUUCCUAACUUGUUCGGGCAUGUUCUUAGUCGUCCAUCUCAGGAGCUCAGUAUUACUGCCCUCGAUCCGGCAGCGCUACCCCAUUGGAGGCGUCGAAGAGGGGGUCAGUUCAAAACCUGGCUCGCCACAGUUCGUCAAGAGAUGGAGGUGGUUCUUGGACCUGCGGUAUUCGGUCAACGUCGUUGGCGAAGGGAAUGGGUUGAGCUGUCCAGAUCUGCUGCCGCGGAUCGUCACGCGUUGAGAGGUACAGUUCGUGACAUCACCGAGGCCGGCUAGAUCAGACACGAUCGCAGCCGUAUCAAGCUUAAGAACGGCAAGCCCUACGAAGGCCUGCACUUCCUGUGUCCGCGCCGAAGACAGACGGUCUGAUCGUCUUUAAAAUUUCACUUAGCAGCUUAAUGUCACUUACGGCACCUGGGCAUAAGUGUGUCUUGAAAUGCGUUUUCGACCAUAAAAAAUUGCUUAAGCGGGAUUGUCAUCUUACUUAUCAUGUCGCAUAAUGUCAAGAUAAUCCAGUCACACCAGGGUGCGAACGAGCGUUUUACUAACCGCCUGCAUAACCUAUAUUCCGUAAAAAAUGACUACUUAAAUAGCAUGAAUUUAUCCCAUUGGUUUUAAUGCCCUUAUUAAUUCAGAUGUAUUUUAUAAAAAAUAUGCACAAAAUAUUCCUUUUUCUACUCAUUUUGAAACAAGUUUCGUCUCAAACUUUAUACUUGAAGAAAGAGUAUCUUUCGGUUUUUAAAAAAAAUUUCUCACUUCCCACAUAACUUUGAAUCCGCUCGCCGUUACAUGUGCAUUUAGGUUUUCCAAAUCGUAAACUGCAUACUUUCCGUAUAAGGCAAAUCACAUACUUGGAGCCUAUAAUUUUCUAACAUAUGUGGACCACGUUUUGCCCUUUGUAAACAGUGAUGCGAUGCUGUAUGACUGGAUAUUUCACGGUCAUGAAACAUAUCAUAAUUAGAAACUUUUCAAAAUCGAUAAAUAAAAAGUUUGGAGAAGACGAAAUUUACUGCCAAAUGAGUAGGAAAAUGAAUAUUUUUGCAUGUUUUCUAUGAAAUAUAUUCGAAUGUAUCGGGACGCCGAGAAUCAGUGACAAAAAUGCUUAAGUAAUCAUUUUUACGGAAUGUAGUCUGCGCAAUCGGCCGAUAAGAAGCUUGUUCGAAAGCCGGCAUCCUGACGUGACUGAAAUAUGUUGGCAUUAAGUGACACGAUAAUCGACAUGACAAUCAUACUUAAGUAGUCUUUUCGAAUUAAAAACACGUUCCAGAAUUUCGGUCAACCCUUCAUGAGGGACAGCACAUCUACUGUGGGACUUCUCAUACGAUAGACUGGUAAACUGGGAACACACACAAACGACAAACUAUUCGGCGCGCUUUCGGGAAGUCGACGGCUGGAUCUCGUCUUAGGGUACCCAUUGUCUGUGCUAAUUUCCUGGCAACAAUGCGCAUGGUGAAAUUCAUGGGAAAGUCAGUUUUCGGCAUACGCACGUUGUGUGGUCUGUUUUUUUAAAUUGUGCUUGUGCACUAGAGAUUUACGAAGCAAACAAAUGCCAGAGAUGCAAAUAGUGCAUUCCUCUAUCAUCUCCUAUUUUCACCCGCGGAAGGACAACGUUAGGUUUAACAUAAGCCCUUCUACUCGUAAAAAUCAGUUGACACCACUACAAAGGACAUCUGAAGCUCUAAAGUAAACGACAAUGAGGAUCCCCUCCGUACAACUGAAUUCAGAAGCUUCAGGAGUAAAAAAACGUGUCAAUAGCCGUGUCCGGAGGCACGUUAAGAUAUUCUGACCACCAUUUGGUAAAGAACGUAAUGUAGCUGAGGGAGGGACAGAGAAUGCUAGUACAUCGAUACAGCACUAUUUCGGGCUUAUUCCGCCCUUACUCAGCCAAUCAGCCGACCGGUUGAGACUAGAAGCACGAACAUGGGCUCGCGCACGACGCAGAUGGUCCACAGACGGGGUCUAGCAGGUGGGUCUUAAAUGCUUCAUCGAACCGAAGUACAUCAGUGCCUCGCCACCUGCUAUUUUCUGUCGCCGAGGUUCGGGUAUUUACUCAUGGAGCACUUUAUGCUCAGGUGCCGCCACCCCUUAUUAUCGGGCGAUGAAAGCCCUGUUGGCUUACACUUCUUUAUGUUGAUUAUCCACGUUUAACGAAACCUUCUCUAGGACUUCCAUAACACAUUUGACUGCCGGUGAAUUUUGCUUAUCCAAAUUGUAACACGCGGUCCUACCUCAGUUAUGCUUUCAUUUGGUCUUUUGUCCUGUUCUAGUUAUGUGAAUUUGCUAAAGUCCUACCUCAUGCAUCGCCGGCUAGCAACCCCAGGCUUUCAUCGCAAUCCCAUCCAUCAUCAGCUCGCUAACCUUUGCAGUGUAAGUGGUUCAUAUACGUUGCUGUCCUCUCUUCUGGCUGCUACUAAAAAGACACUCGCUUUAUGCCGAAUAAUCACCACGACGAGCGUACUUCAUCAAUAUUGUUGUUUAAAUUAUAUAUGCUCAUUCUACUGGCAAUGGUUAAGUAGGCGUUACUAUUUUAACUUUGUACGUCUUGCGGACAUCAGUCAGUAUAUCAGUCAGUAUAUUUGGAGUAAACGACAGAAGCCAUGAAAACUCCAUUUAGAGGGUACAGGUAUAAAGUAAAAUAGUUAAAUUGCAAAACUUUUGCUUGCAGUUUUAGUAGGGCGAAUUCAUAAAUCUAAUAAUGUAACAUAAAGGUGAAAGGGGUAUUAUAUUCGCAAAAUAAUUGCGAAAAACUUUGUUCACCGCAUUCGGACUGUGAAAAUUUCAAUAUGGGCUAAGUUUGACGCAAAAAAUAGGAUCUGUUGAAAUCAUGUUAGUAGUAUAUUUAUAGUCAUUUCAAUAAUCCGUUAGAUCAGGCUUCGGCAGUUUGGGUUGCCUUUCAGCAGGUGAGUAUCCAGUUGUCUCUUGAACACGUUCACGGUAGGGGAAUUAACAACAAAUUCCGGCAAAGAGUUCCAUUGGCGAAUGACCCUCUGUGAGAAAAAGGAGUAACGUUGAUUUGUGUGGCACAGUUCCUUUUUAAGCUGGUAAUCAUGUCGUCUGAGAUUGGACUUGGGUGCCAUUUCAAAAAACGUUUCCCAGUCGACAUCCAGAUUAAGUCCUUUUAUCAACUGGAACGUUGCUAUGAGGUCACCUCUGUUCUGCCUGUAGUGGAGGGGAUAGAGGUUCAAGGCCGUCAGGCGCUGCUAGUACGUGAAGUUUUUGAGGCCAUGAACAGCCUUUGUAGCACGCCGUUGUACACCUUCAAGGAUAUCUGUAUCCUUCCGAAGCCACGGCCGCCAAGCCUGUACCGCAUAUUCCAGGUGCGGCCGCACAAAUGUCCCGUAUACUUUGCCAAAGACAUCUCUAUUCAAGUGAAUAAACGUUCUGCGUAUCGCGCUCAUAACGGACAUUGCCCGCGCAGCGACUUUAGAACACUGCGUAGUGACGUUUAGGUCGUCUUUAAUGAAUACACCGAGAUCUUUUUACACAUCUACGGUUUUAAGUGGUUGAUUGUCCAGGAGAUACUGUCGUGGGGGGUGCAUUUGUUCUUCGUCUCGCUGAUACUACGUGCAUUGCUGCACAUUUUUUGACGUUGAAUUUCAUGCACCAUUUCUCGCUCCAUGCGUGCAAAUUCGUUACGUCCUCUUGUAGCAUCCUGACGUCAUCUUCAUCUUUUAUCGCUCUCCAAAGUUUAAGGUCGUCUGCAAAGAGUGCUAUGUCUGAUUUCACUUCCCGUACCCGGUCAUUUACAUAGAUAAUGAAUUGGAGCGGCCCAAGAACUGACCCCUGUGGGACUCCACUCGUAACAGGUGCCCAUUCUGAGCAGUAGCCGCCCGCAGUGACUUUUUGUUGCCGUCCGUUUAGGAAAUCUUGAAUCUAGUUCAGAAGAUUUCCUCUUAUCCCUACUUCUGAUAACUUUUGAAUAAGGCGCUUAUGUGGGACGCAAUCGAACGCCUUGCUGAAGUCAAAGUAAAUGACAUCGACUGGAUAUCCUUUAUCCAUGGCCUUUGACCAAUGUUCGAGUGACGAAAGCAGAUUUGUGAGGCAGGACCUCUUUUCGCAGAAGCCAUGUUGAACUGAGGCGAUGUGACAGCGGAAAGUAUCGAGUGCGAAGCGGUGUGCGUAUAAAUUGAUCAUGCCAUACAAGUUUCUCCUGUGUUUUGCUUGUACGACCUUGCACAGUGCCUCUAAGUCAGGCACGUUGUUUUUACGGCUAUCAGAAAUCGGUCUAAGAUUGUGAUAGUUUAAAAGCGCGUCAUAUUGUUUAUUGUGGGGAAUAUUCCCUGAUUUCUGUGGCGACAGAGUCCCGUGAACUGGCACCAUUCUUUCUGUUACCUAUCACAGGCAACAAUCGACUGUUCCAGCCCAUCAACUACCUGAUGUGAAGGUCGAGCGCAAGCGGCUGGCGCCGUGUGCGCCUGGGCGUGCCCCAUGUCCGGCACUUGUCAUGGUGCAGUCCAAAUACUGCGUGCUGUACAUUAAUUUGGCCUCAUUAUUGGUCCAGUGCAGCUCCCAUGUGGCCCCUCGUAGUGGUCACAAACUUAACUCUCCAAUUUUCGCCCUCACUUUAAUGAUGUCCUCGUAAUUAAUCAUUUCUAAUCAAACUUAUUCCAAGGGCGACCUAUCGUAUCUGUUUAGUCGUUUGGCCGUUGUAAGCCUAUACUGCACGUUUGCCAAUAGAAGCGAACAGGCGAGUUUCAGGAAGUAGUCGAGAGGAAGAAGACACGAUCGCUGGAAAAAGAGCCUUAUUAGCUCCAUGUUUCGGAUUUUCAUUCCAACUCAUCACGACAGACAGAGUCUGACUCUGUCUCUGAUGAGGAUUCCAGUGUGAAUCCGAAAUGUUAGGCUAAUAAAGUUCCUGUUCCAGCGAUCGCGUCUCCUGCACUGCUGGAAUCAGUCAGUUGGAUGUCUGACGUGUUCUGAUUUUCUUCUCCCCCCUUAGGACAGGUUGAAUGACCUGCCCAACGAUUCCGGCUUCUUCAAUGUCGUUGGAAACCGACUUCUCCAGCUGGGAGGUGCAGCUGAAGCAAAUGGGAAAUCGAUCGAGUUGAAGAUCGAAGACAUGGCCAAGACCAUUGAAGAUUCCCAGAAGAGGGCUCAUUUGUAAGCAUAUUUGUCGUCUGUGGUUCUUUCUAGUAUCCUGCUCUGAUCCUCUCCCCUUUUGAAUUUUUGGGGACGAUCUACGAAGUGAACUGCCUCGAAGAAAAAAGUCUUUUUUCCUGUGAGGACGACGAGCGGCUCCCUAGUUGAUUUAUCCUGUCCUGAGGGGAGUUGUGAAUGCAUAAACUGUGGAACAGCUAUCUGUUCCCACUUCCAGUCAACAUAGGCAGUGGAUUUCGAAAAAGCCUCAAGUUUAGCGGCCAAAACUGCUGAAGCAUUGGCCGUAAUCCUAAAAAUGACUUUUGUCCGAAAAGGCUACUUAAGGAAGAUUGCAGUACUGGUUAGCGUGCAAUAUAAUUCCAGGGUUGUCGUACACUCGCCAGAGUGCUGACCUUUGAAUGAUCAUAUUUUCAGCCAGUUACAGCAGUUAGGUUUGUGUGCGUGUUUGCACCUUUUAUUGAUUGUCUAUGGCUGGAUUACUUCGAUCAUGUUUUUUGGGUGAUUGCACGGCAAUUUUUUUGGUUGAGGUGUGGCGGUACACCCACGUGCAGGCCCACGCCGAGCCCACUGGUAUCGGUGCCAUCCCCCCUAGUUCCUGUUGUUAGUAUUCUUUAGAUUUUCUCGAUUCAGUGCUGUUCCCACUUCCAGCCAAAAAGGCAGUCAGCGAAUGACGCCAAAGUGUGGUGGUCGGUAUAAAAGCGAGCGGCGACAAAGAGCAAUAGACAAUGGACACAGAACAAUGAAUAACGAGAACCGACGAUUAGGGGUACAGAGACAAAGGCAGGUGGUAUGAGUAAAGUCUGGUUACUAACAAACGGUUAGUAGCAAUAAAAACGAGGAACGAAAUUGACACCACGGAUGUCACACCUGCGUUCAGUGUGCGUUGUGGACCAGGGAGUGUAGUGGUAAGCCUAUGUGCGGGUCCGGCCGUGCCAGCCACCUGCGCCCUCUCCUGCCCUCGGUCUUCUUGACACUGCCUUGACAUCCAGCCCAGGUGGGAGAGAAGGGGGGAUGCGGUAGAUGCUGCGCAAGUCUGCCACUCUUUCUGUAACCUAAUUCACUCGUAAGUCACCGCGCCUGCUUCACCUUUCUGUGGAGCACAUGGUAGACGUUGUUGGUCACGAUAGUUGAACGGUCACUACUACUGCUGCUCUGGACCGAGCAACGCGAUCUGUAUCUACUGUAUAAUUUUAUCAGCACUUGGCGACCCCUUCCUAGUAGCAUCAAGAAAUAUAGGGUUUCGCUUCUAUGGUAGAGAUACAGUAUGUAAUCUAUAAACCUGAAAUGCAGAUACAAUUACUCCUUCAGUAUCAGUGUAUGUCAGGGAAAGUAGGUGUGUACCUUUGAAAUCGCUAUUGUUUACAUGCAGAGGAAGUAUAUGGAGAAAAUGGAAAGGAAGUAACAUGAAAGAAAUAGAAGGGGAAUAACAAAAACUGUGCAGAUGAACACAGAAUUUCACGUAUUAACAACACUUAAAGCCAUAUGAACCCGGCUUGUUGAUUGAGUGCAGCAGGCAGUUGAAGCACACCUAAGAUACGGAAAUGAAGUAAAUUUUUCUAGUCCGUAGGGAUCGUGUGAAUGCGAGCAGCGGUGUGCGACGUGGUUCAAAAUUAAUAGAUUACAUAAACACAUGUUACUUGAAUGUUGGCAAUAGCAUCGUCAUAACACUAAAUUGUCGACGUUGGCUAUCAAGGUGGCUGUAGUCCGGCGUUAUUGUGGUGCGCGCUCCAAUUUUGAUCCAGCCUCCGUCGAAAAGUGUCUACGGAUCCCGACAUAACAGCAUCCUCCGGCAAUGCAUUCCAAGCCGCACCCACUCUGUUGGAGAAGAAGGACUUUCGUGUGUCUAGCCGGACACCAGUCACGCAUAGUUUGAGUGGAUGGCCUCUCAGGUUAGUCGUAGUCGCCAACUCGAAGAAGUCUCCAGAUGCGAGGCAGCAGCCCUGAUUGCGCACGAUGCGGAAAGCUUGUAUCAGGUCCCCUUAAAUUAGGAAUGAUACAGUAGUUGGUAGGCACUUUUAACAUCAGUGCCUACCUGUCCUUCAGGUACAAAGUUUGGAUGUGACCCAUUUCCCUACAAAAGGAAUUUUCGUGCAGUUUUUUGGUAAGAUGCGAUUAGGCCUACCCAGACAGGGUAAACAGGUGAUGGAAGUGCACACUGCUAACUUGGUCAUCUCUAGCCAUUGUAAUGGCCACUGAUGACUGAAAAGAUGCUCAUUCGAAAAGCAACAUUCCGACUUGUAUGAGGUAGCUUGGAAUUUUUUUUGGUUAUUUCGGUUUUUGAGGUAUUGCAACCUCUGUAACUGAAACCAUAUUUUUUAACUUCACUCAGAUGAUACCGCGUUUUUUUAUCUACCAAUGCUUGCUAGACAGCCUUAGAAAAUAGGAAGGCUGUGUGGAGUCACGAACGUACGGACCGGCAGGAGAAGUCCCACUGUAAUCCGAUUAGACGUAUUUUCGACAGAACAGAUCCUAGUAUGGAGACAAAGCAGUAUGCUGGCUUAUAAGGCGGAUGCAGUUCUAGCCCACCCUGAUCUGGACUUGUCCGAUCGCGUUGUGCAUACGCACUCUCUUGUCGCAGGCAUAACUCGUUGUGCUAGGGAUCUCCGCGGCAAAAUCGCGACUAAUUGCUUUCUUGGGCCCCGCAAGCCUCCAUUUUCAUCCGACUUUCCAGGCGUGGUGAAAAAAGUCCAGAGCUUCCCCCAGUAGAUGGGGGGUUAGGGGGCCGGGUCGUACCUAGCGUCCGUUGGGGACUGUUUCAGAUUUUACAUGCUGCGCGAUUCACAAGACUGACAGCGCAGGCACCAGUUGACACCGCAGACAUGAGUUUCGUCGAUUUUAUGUCGCUGUAUGACGCGGCGUUAUCCGCGUUUUUUCUGGUAUCUACUUUAGUUUUGACAUCCAUCUUUUUUAUUUUCCCAGAGGUAGAUGCACAAACUUAGAGUGAAUACUUCGGGACAAACCUUUUCAUAUCAGCGCCUGGACCGAGUCUAAAAUAGUUUGUCCAUGAGGGCAUUAAUUUCUAAGGAAGUUAACAAGAUGGAAUUGGCUCAGCAUGGUGGGCGAGAGUGUAGUGGAUGCGACACAGGUCUGCCACAUUGCGAAUAAGCUCACGCGAAGGUCGCAACGGCGCCUUCAAGAUUGUGGCGAGUGUAGCGACUAAGCGGUGAUGGUGUACGCUUAGUACGCCACAACUUCAGGCCAUAUCCGAAGUGGUUAGAAGCAGGACGCCAUUUGGUUAGGCCACUUUAUUCUGUACAGAAUAGUGAAGGGGAAAGUUGGCAACCGGACGAGGAUGCGUCCGGCGUCGCGGAGGCGGCGUCUGCGAGAGCGACGAGCCCUGUGUCGCCGAAGGUCGCCGCUGCAAAAGUGUCGUUGCAGAUAGUUUACUUUAUUGUUCUGGACUGUUCCCGUCUGUCUUACCAAUCAGCGAUAGUAGUUGCAUUGAUUGGCUCCGAGCCCACGCGAAGGUAAUGACAAGCCUCGCAUGGUGCAGGCAGAGAAUCGACCGAAUGCGUGGUGCAGACAGUGAAUUGCAACGAGACAAAUCGAAGCCGGGCAGACGUGCGUGCCAUAGCAGGCUGUCGCUAGAACGUAGGUGCAGGCGCUAGCGAGAGGCGCGACGUAGCCAUUAUGGAUGUCCACUACACGAGCACGAUCAUCCCAUAUGAAGGUACAACUGCCAAGUCUGUAGUGCCGAUGGAAAAUCCUCACGUUGAAUGUCCAUCGUUUUCGACGCUAAAUUUGGGAUCGGCGGCUGCACGGAAGUUGUCUCUUCUCAUACGUCUCCCCAAAGAGCCGGGUUUUUGGUUCAGGAAUUCAGUAGAACAGUAAGUGCUUUCCGAAGAAAAAUUUAAACAGCAAACCCUUUGAAGUAAUCCAGAGGAGCAUUUGGCGAGCACACGCAUGCUUCCGAUAAAUGCUCAUCGGGUCAGCACAUUUAUAUAGGAACAAGGUACAAAGUAAAACGUGUGAGCAAUAAGAGAAAGCGAUUGCGGUUCGUCUUUUCAUGCAAGCAGAGUGUGAGAAUAGGGGGAAGGGGAGAGGAGGCAGUAAGUGGCAGUGAGGGUUAGGCAGAGCCUUGUCACAGUGGGGAGGAGGGGGGACGGGGGUGCGGAGACAUGCGCGCUGUUAGUCGAUUUUUGGCCACGGUAGACGCGGAGCGUGCAAAAGGUUCUUCUGCGCUCACACGACCGGCCUCCGUAGUCUGAUGGCAGCCGCUUCUGCUGUUGCUAGCAAACGCUGACCCAUUUGCUUAGGGUAAUUAGGUGGGACCUUGUAAAUCACACGGUAAACUUCAUUGGGGUCCACAUGAUGCCCAUAAUCAACCAUGUGUGCGAGAAUGGAGCUGCGUAUGCUCGUAAUUUCGCCUUCCCUCCCCUUUGCCGGCAGCUGUUCUCGUAUUCCUGUGGAUGCGACCAAUAUCGCCUGCUCCACAGAAGCAAGUAAAGGAAGUAAUGUUCAUUGAUCAAAGAGUCGGCCUUUUUAUGAGUCCCGGCCCCCUCGCCCCCUGCUGACACCUGAGUCACUAAUGGCCAUUUCAGCCCCUACAGUCUUUGCUGGCAAUACUUCUCCAAUAUUUGUAUUUGACCUGACGGCGAUCUGCGACAGCCCUCAUUUUCAAGAGUUUGUAUAUGAAAUAUUAAACUUUAUUUCCUGAUUUAUUUUGCUUCUCUUAGUCUGAGCGUCCUCCUGCCUGUAAACGACCUGAAGGAGGUGUUGUGCGGCAAGGUGAGUGAUCCCAUUCAGCCUUUACAUGGUCCCUUGUAUAUAAACCGUCUCCCUAGCAUAUUUGGGCUUUUCCUUAUGAAAGACGUAUUCGUUGUUUUUUUUAAAAAAAUACGCAUGAUCUGGUUCAGUGUUUGCCAUGGGGGAGUCACCUGUAGCGCUCUAGCCUGUAUCUGGAAAGUUUCUUGCAUGUUUACGUCAAACACUACUCCAAGUAUGUACUUCUUCUAAUUGUAGAAAUCCGCAAGGCGUCCUCCUGCAGACAAGUGAGUGCACUCCUUUUUGACUAUUAUGGCUUCAGCUUUGCCCCUCGGUGUCACUAACGCCUAUGCAGUCACCCCCCCCCCCCCAUCUCACGUUCUCUCCUGAUUUCAUCUCAGAUACUUCACCAGUCUUCGGCUGGCGUGCUUCUUGACGGCGCGAUGGCGGUAUAUUCGACAGCCGGUUGGUUGGGGGCUGUUUCUCCACUCAUGCCCGACCAUUUCGGCUGUUAUCUCACGUUUGACUUCGGGAGAGUCAUGUGUUGGGGCCUUUAUCAUUUCACUGCCUCAGAGGGCGGGGGGGGGGCGUGGAGUAAAGUCGUCAAGUGUUUAUCAGCCAGCAAUCACAGGCCAUUUGGGUGUCAAGUCGCCUGCGCACAGGACCAUCUUAAAAUUCUACGAUGCUCUUGCCGUCCUCCAGUGAUGCGUUAUAGCUUGAAGUUACUGGCACGUCUUUUCUUUUCCCCCCACUGAAGUCCUCAAGUCUCCGGCAAAGCUGCUCUUAUGGCCGCCUUGGAAUCGUCCAGCGACGAUGAGGCAGCGGAGGAAGGCGAUGAGAGGGCGGACUCACAGUCAGAGGGGUCCAGUGAUUCGGACGGCGGACCAACCGAUGAUGCGGCCCCGAAACCGAAGCCAGCAACACAGUUUCCCAACCGACCCGUCACGAAAGAGGUAAGGCGAGCGGGAUCCGAAUUGUACUCGCAAUUUGGUGCACAUUAUCUUCAAAAUGACAGUUGCAACAACACGACCAAUACUACCUACUUAGGGCCUGACUUUGCUUGGCGCUGGCUCUCAGCGUUCACAGCUGAAGUAGGCCCCCGAGUGAUAUACAGAAGUAGAAACUACUGAUGACUGACUGCCGCUGCUUUCACCCAGACACAUUGGACCCUACCGAUUCAACUAGAGCUUUUUGAUAAAUCUGGAAGGAGAAUCAGUCAACCGCAAUAACGUCCCCGAAUUUUUUGUUGUAUCACCGCUCAACAUUAAAUAGAUUUGUAUUUGGUUCGGAUGCCAGCAAAAUCAAGUAGAACGUUGGACUGCAUUCCUGAAAAAAGUUGUGUUUGGAUAUAUGUCUAGAAUUUUUUGCCAGAGGACCUAUAUCUUACGCUACAGAGACGGACUAACAUAUGCAGACAGAACUAUCUGUUGGCUUUCCAAGGCGAAUAGAUUCCGAAGAGUAUGUUAGGGCUCACUAGCAGACGACCAUCUGCAAGGCUACGAAACGGCUGGCCAAUUAAUGGGAGUACGAUACAUGCAGAGACGAGUGUGAAUUAGGAUGAUUUUUAGUUGAACUUGUAUUCAGAAUAGCAUUACCGACAAAGACAAGGGAGACUGGAACGGCCAUUUCUGGCUUGUCAGCCGUCGUCAACCACUCGUACCCAGCACCUGGAACUCGAUCCCGCGACUUGUUGGUUAGAAGUCUAACGUCUCUAACCACAGCGCCACGGGCUCGUUGUUUUGCUGCUGGUUGAGUUCGAGAGAGAGCCCCAGGGCACAACGGGACGAGUGAGUUCCGUAACAUGAUCGGCGAGCGCCCCUCUACCAUUGAACUUCUAUUCAUUGAUCGGUUUACGAGACAUUCUCCUGUUGUGUCUUCGGCCUCAAUCUGGGGGCCUUGCAGGUAGUCGGAUGGUCACCAGUGGUAUAUUCGGACGAGGACUAUAGAGGCCGGGAGGAUGGCCAUUUCUGGCAUACCAAGGAUCGUCAGUCAGCCUUGCCAAACCCCCGGUUUUCAGAACCUGUGAUUUGAUCCCACGCUCUCUAGUCACUAAGUUUUAUUCCACCCAACUCCCUUCUGUUGAGUCAGGGGCCGAUUGUCAUGACGGAAUAUUUUCUGUGGUGGAAGUGUCUUCACUGAUCUGACUACGGAACGUGCCCGUUCCGUCGCGCCUUGGGACUCAAUCUAGAGCCGGGGGGGCGUGAAUGUCCCACAACCCGGUCGCUGGGCGCACUUCUAUAGCAGUUAAUAUUUCCUAUCACAACCCACAGGACAGCGGGUCCGUGGGUCACUUGAUAAAACGCUGGACUUAAAGCGCUCAAUAACCAAAAAACGCGGGUUUCAAGAACCAGGCGCCACAAACAUGGGUUUCAGUAAGACUGACUGACGAAGACUAGAAAGCCAGAGAUGGACACCCCAGUUUUUCUUGUUAGGACUCCCUUCUGCGCACAUAUUGGGAUUAUCACAUUCACAUAUGUAUAUAUCGAGUAUGCGCCAGAACUAAUGAACGCGGUUGCGGAUGUAAGUAUCAUGGAAGAGCAUGCCAAGUCGUUAUCCACAUCGCCCGAUGCUGAUUUUUGAAUGCUUGUCUAUCCAAAUACCAUUUCAAGUGAUUUCCCAAGCGAUGUUUUUUCCGUUGCUUUUCGGCACCUGUAAAGUUCAGUAAUAUCUCAUGAAAGAAAUCCCUUCACAGAUUUUAUGCGAAAGUGAUUCUUUAAAUUUUGCAACUAACGAGAAAAUGUACUUCGAUUUAAAAAAAAGACGUUAGCCACCAUUUGUAUUCUUCGAAACUGCAUGCUACGUAUUUUCUCCGAAGCGAGUUCACACAUGCCAAUAUAAGGAGGCCUCUCGGAGCUUAUAUCAUAUUGCUGUUAAUGCGAAUCACGUUGAAUGCCCUAUGAGCAGCCUUAAUAAGUCCGUGGGUAGUGGUUUAACGAGUAAUAAUGCGUGCGUCUGACAACUUUCCAAGCUGAAUUAUAUUUAGAAACACUUCAAUCCACCCACACAAUCUAAUGAGAAACUCCACACCAUUGUCAUGCUACUUUCUUCUAACUGUCAGUCACACAGGUUAGUGUAAAGGUGCUCUUUCGGAAGUCGACAUUUUGUCAUGAAUAUUGUUGGGAUUACUUCUCCUCUCAGUCAGCUUUUCAGUCCUCUUUGAGUAAUCUACAUCUAGUAUGUCAUCAAACGAUUUCAAUUGCCGUUAGACGGUGAUAUCCGUGAGUAAGUAUGGGAGUCAAUUGAGUAAACUGCUUUUUUUCGGUGAAUCUACAUAAAUUCAGGCUUGAGUUGUUAUUUUUUCCCAUCUCCUUUUACAGAUAAUGGAGAAUAAGGGGAUCCUCAAGUACCGUCACAAGCGAGAGCGCAACCCGCGUGUCCACCUUCGAUACAAAUUCCGAAAGGCCCAGAUCCGCUACCGCUCUCGCGUCCCCGAAGUCCGCAGGGAGGACACACCCUAUGCUGGCGAACUGAGAGGCAUACGCGUCAACCUAAUCAAAUCACACAAGUUCAAGAAACACCAAUAG